UUGGCCCUCGCAUCCGCGCUAGCUGUCGGGAUGCUGCUGCAGAGCCUGUCCCGGGGAGGCCGGGUGGGAGCGGCGCGCUGGUGCUGGACGCGUUCCCGCGGGCUGAGCGGGUCCCAAGGCCCCGGCCGGGUUGCGGGAAGCCUUUCGCGGAGCCGGGGUAUCCCAGGUCUGGGAGGCCGGCCCGCGCUUGGAGGAGGAGUCACGGUCAGCGCGCUCACUGAGAGCGUUCUUCAGUUCGCCAUCUGCAGCUGCUGCCAGAGUCUUCCCCGAGGAAGACGAGGGGUCCUUCACAGACGCCAUGCCGCAGGGCAAGCCACUGAUAGCUGCAGGAAGCUGGGGAUGGACCACAGGGAAGAGGAUUUCCAAGUGGGUGUGGAGAAUAACAGGGAGCCAAAAGCCUCCCCACCCACGGGGAGCCCCAAAGGGCCGCCAUACUCUCUGCCCCCUGAACUCCAGCCCCCCACGAACUGCUGCAUGAGUGGCUGUCCUAACUGUGUAUGGGUAGAUUAUGCGGAAGCUCUGAUGAGGCACUACCAGGAUGGUGGGGAGCAGGCCCUGGCCCUUCUAGAGGAGCAUGUGACUGAUGAGAACCUCAAGGCCUUCAUCAGAAUGGAGAUCCGGCUCCGCCCACAGAGUGGAACCUGAGCCGGCUUACCUGGGAAGCCUUGCUGUGGACAAAUGCUAAGCCUAAGCUGCAGGACCCCUCUCACCCUUGCGUCUGGAAGACUCCACAUGUCUGCCAGGAAUACGGAUUGUUGUGUAACGACUUCACCUCGCAAUAAAUAAAUCUCUGUCAGCCGUGUGCGGCC